UGGCGAUCGGCGCCGACGGCCGAGCCCUGCUGGCGGCGGCGGCCGCCCUGCUCGCCGCCGCCGCCGUCGCCGCCGGCGACCGGGCCAGCGUCGAGUACACGAACCAGUUUGCGGUGCUGGUGCCCGGCGGCCGAGCGCGCGCCGAGCGAGCCGCCGACGAGCACGGCUGCUCGCUGGUCGACUCGAUCGGCGACCUCACCGACCACUACCUGCUGGAGUGUCACAGCGUGCACAAGCGCUCCACCGAGCAGGCGCGCCAUCACACCAGCCGGCUCAUGGACUCGGACGAGAUUCUGUGGGCCGACCAGCAGUAUUUCAAGACGCGCAAGAAACGGCAUGGCGGCGACACUCUGGCCCGCGCGCUAGACCGGCUGUCGGUGCCGUUCCAGCUGGACGCUUUGGACGCGCUCGACGGCCGAGGCGAUGGCGAGCGGGUGCGCCUGCGCAGUCCGCAGGCCUACUGGCCCGACCCCCUCUACAGGGAGCAGUGGUACCUGAACGGCGGCGCCAAGGACGGCAGCGACAUGAACGUGAUCCCCGCCUGGCAGCAAGGCUACAGCGGCAAGGGCGUGGUCGUCUCCAUCCUGGACGACGGCAUUCAGCCCGACCAUCCCGACCUGGCCGCCAACUACGACAGCCGCGCGUCGCUGGACAUUAAUGACAACGACGACGACCCGACGCCGCGGGAUGACGGCACGAACCGGCACGGCACGCGCUGCGCUGGCGAGGUGGCCGCCGUCGCCGGCAACACCGUCUGCGGCGUCGGCGUGGCGCCCAACGCCAGCAUCGGAGGCGUUCGCAUGCUGGACGGCGGUGUCAACGACCACGUGGAGGCCAAGGCGCUCAGUUACCGCCGCAACCACAUUGACAUCUACAGCGCCUCGUGGGGGCCGGAGGACGACGGCAAGACUGUGGACGGGCCCGGCCCGCUGGCGCGGCGCGCCUUCAUCGAGGGCGUGCUUAAGGGUCGCGGCGGCAAGGGCUCCAUCUUUGUGUGGGCUUCGGGGAACGGUGGCCAGUACGUGGACAAUUGCAACUGCGACGGCUACACCAACAGCAUCUUCACGCUGUCCAUCUCGUCAGCCUCUCAGGGCGGCAACAAGCCCUGGUACCUGGAGGAGUGCGCCUCCACGCUGGCGACCACCUACAGCUCGGGCACGCCGCUGAAGGACAAAUCGAUCGCCACCUGUGACCAAGACGCCGCGCUCCGGCCCAAACACAUCUGCACCGUGGCCCACACAGGCACGUCGGCGUCGGCGCCGCUAGCGGCCGGGCUCUGCUCGUUGGCGCUGGAGGCCAACCCGACGCUGACCUGGCGGGACAUGCAGUACAUCGUGCUUAUGACGUCGCGGUCCGAGCCGCUGGCCAAGGAGGUGGGCUGGCGGACCAACGGUGUCGGCCGCAGAGUGAGUCACAAGUUCGGCUACGGCCUGAUGGACGCCGGCGCCAUGGUGGACCUGGCCAAGCGGUGGACGUCCGUGCCGGCGCAGCACAUCUGCAUCACGCCCAUCGAUAGCCGGACGCGGGCGAUCCCCACCGAGUACGGCGGCCAGCUGCGCGUCUCCAUGGAGGCGGCCGCCUGCCACGGCACUCCGCAGACGGUCAACUUCCUGGAGCACGUACAGUGCAAGGUGACGCUGACAUACGUGCCGCGCGGCAACCUGUGCAUCCUGCUCACAUCGCCGGCCGGCACUGUCACCACGCUGCUGUUCAAGCGGCCGCGAGACGUCACCGGCAGCAGCUUCGACCGUUGGCCCUUCAUGUCGGUCCACUUCUGGGGCGAGAACCCGCGCGGCGUCUGGAACCUGACCGUGAUCAACACCGACCGACCGACCAUGUACCCGCACACGCAUGCCCCGGAGACGGGCGGCGUGCUGAAGGAGUGGCAGCUGAUCCUGUACGGCACGGAGCAGGAGCCCAUCCGACUGCGGCCGCCGCCCGGGGAGCAGCCGGCCGCCGGUGCGGCGGUGCGCGCCUCGGUAGUGAACCGGAGCGGCACGUCCACGAUCGGCCUCUACUGCAGCCGCCAGUGCGUGCACAGCUGCCAGACGCAGCCCGCCGGCGACAGCUGCAAACGAUGCCGCGAACAGUACAAAAGCGACUGCAAGCGCAGCUGCGACCCGGGCACCUUCUACAGCGGCGAGUCAGGCUGCCAGCCGUGCCACUCCUCCUGCGGCACCUGCUUCGGCCGGCUGCAGAACCAGUGUCUGGACUGCGCCGCCGGACACCAGCUCAUCACCGACCUCAGCGUGUGUGUGGCCGCCUGCCCCGACGGCUACUUUAACGUGAACGGGACCUGCGAGUCAUGUGGACCGCACUGCACCUCGUGCGUGGGCUCCAGCAACCACUGCCUCAGCUGCGCCCCGCACCUGAUCCUGCACAAGAACCAGUGUGUGGCGUCGUGUCCGGCGGGCACGUACGAGGUCAACGAAAGAUGCGAGCUGUGCUCGGCCGGAUGCGAGACUUGCGUGGGUCCCAGUGACACCAACUGUGUGCUGUGCCGCUCGGGGCUGACGCACGUCGACGGCCAGUGCGUGUCGGCCUGCCCGCCAGGUAGGCCGUGCGGGCGCUGAGCGCGCGCCGCCCCUCCCGGCCCCGUAGUGAGACGCAUGGGCCGCGGCGGCCGGGCCGCCCUUUGAGUUGCGCUGGUCGGUGGCUUGUUUGAGUUUGCAUGGGCCGGCGCGGCGGCGGCGGGCGCUCCGCGUCGGAGACCGGCGCCGGCGAACCGGCGGCCGCUGCCGGCCGGCCGGGGUAGCGCGGCGACGGACACCGGCCACCGGCCUGCCCCGCCGCCCGCGAGACGACGGAGCGGGCGUCGGUGGCAGCCCCUCGGUCUGGCCACGCGGAGAGCUGGCCAGCCGGCCAGCAGAGGGGCAUGUAGAAGCGGAGCGCUGGGCUCUGGCGACCGGACGGUCUGAACUGCGCUGGGACGGCGGCGCGAGGUCUGAAGCACAGGAAAUUGUGUUGUCAAGAUUCUAGUCAAAGUGAAGUUAUUCCGUCCAGUUGUGGGCUGUUGGCCCGGCCGUUCCGUGAGGCGAGAUUCCGCGAGGGACCACCCGUUUGCUGUGGUUUGAUGAAAUUCCCUGUGUUCUAAGUGUGUGCGAGUGCCAAAACUGUUGGCUUUUAUCGUCAAUAAAUACCGACUGCCAAUGAA